CGGAAUGCCCAGAGUAAUCGCGGACUCGUUUCACAGCCACGGGGCUGUUGCAUGUCGCAGGGCACGCCCUACACACUCAUGAACAUCUUCACGAUGAUAUCCAGCUAACGACAGGUACUAUUGACUUUUACAGCUUGCCCCUUGCGACCUUGCUCUCGCGCCCUCACUCCUCGUUAUCGUCGCGUCCAUUUGGGGCCAUUGGCGUGCGCGUCAGCCACAUACCCGCCCCUCUUCGUUCGUAUCGCCGUACGUCUACAAGCUAUCGCAAUGGCAUUACAGUCGGGUCUACCGCGAGAAUCCCUCGAGGAAGACGAAGCCCUCUUGACCCCGACAGAACCGGCCUUUCUUCCACCGCACAAACCAACCAAGAAGCCAUGGGUGCUCCUUGUAGUACUCAUCUUCAUCAUUGUUGCAGUCGUCGAUGUCGGCUCCUACCUUGCCGAGCCACCUCUGACGCGUCUAUUUGAGGAGAAUCUCUGUCUCAAGUACUACCGCGAACAAGACCCUUCGGUGAUAGAUGGCGACGGAAACAUACCAGAGCAGCUGUGCAAGGUGGAUGUGGUGCAGCAGAGGCUCGCCACCAUUUUUGGCUGGCAGGAGAUGUUCAGCGCGAUACCGGGCAUUCUUUUGGCUGUACCAUAUGGCACGUGGGCAGAUAAAAUAGGUAGGAAAUGGAUCGUCACAGCGAGCUUGGCCGGAUUGGACCUUGGCUUCAUCUGGGUGAUGGUGAUAACCUACUUCAAGUCUCUCCCCUUACAGUUGACAUGGCUCUCGAGCGCCUUUACGAUAAUAGGCGGCGGUCCAAUCGUAGCCAUGGCUAUUGGUGUAACAAUGAUCUCCGACAUUGCGCCCCCAGAACAGCGAACUACCAUCUUCCUAUACCUGACGGCCUGUGUUCUUGUUGCGGAGAUGCUAGCGCCGAUAAUGGCAGCGAGGCUCAUGGAGAGCGGGAACUGGCUGCCUCUGCUAUUGUCACUAGCGAUACAGCUUGUGGGGGUUGUUGUGGCUUUGUUCAUCCCUGAGACGCUGCACUUGCGAGACCUGCCUGAACCCAAAGACAGCGGGGACCAGGUCUUCGAGCUACAGCCCACGCCGGCAACCAGCGACUUUUCGCUACGAGCACAACUCCGCAACUUCCGGGCUGCAGUGGACUUCCUGAGGAGUGAUUGGACCUUGGGCCUUGUCGUCUUGACGUUUCUGGCCAACAGACUAGGCAGGCAGUGCAUCUCGCUUCUGGUCCGUUAUGCUUCGAAGCGUUACAACUGGGAGAUCAAGAAGGCUGCCUACUUGCUCUCAUUUCGCGCAGCUACCAACCUGGUGGCUGUCACUAUCUUAAUACCACUAGCGAACUACUUUCUCUUGAAGAAGCUGCGUUUCCCUGCACACUGGGCCGAUCUCUGGAUCGCACGUGGAUCCAUAGCUUUUACUACCAUUGCCUUCUUCGUCAUGGGUAUUGCCGCACAUCCUUCUCUUUUGAUCAUCGGACUUCUCAUUUACAACAUGGGAACUGGAUACACCGCUGCUAUGCGCUCCGUUGCGAUACAUGUGGUGGGCGGCCAGUCGAGUCCUGAUAUUGGCAAGCUCAUGAGCACCAUUGCGAUUGCAGAGAGUAUUGGCGCCAUGAUCGCGGGCCCACUGCUGAACGAGCUGUUUCAAGUGGGUAUUGGCUUCGGCGGCGCCUGGCUGGGUUUGCCGUUCUUGACUUCCGUUGUGGUAUUCGCGUUCAUGGCUGUCGUGACGAAUUACAUCGAUGUGGGGUAUAAAGAGCCGUCUUAUGUGCAGGUACAUGAUGAGGACGAGGAGGAGAUACGGACAAGUGCGCUGGACCACGAAGAUUUCGUUAGGCAUAGAGACGUGCCAUGAUUCUUAGGUACAUACAGACACCCUGAUGCACAUUUAGACAUUUCGACUUUCCACGUCCGAUACUGAAGGCUUUCUUUCCAUUUGAGGCGCAUGCCAUCUUAUCAAAUUAGCAGGAUUUUUUCAGAAAGGCGCAUUCGAGAG